AUGAGUAGUGAAACUGAGAGAAACUUCCGAAACCAGUUUGCGAGAUGGAGUUCGGCCAACCCACCUUCCAGUGAGACCGCCCAAGAAAACGGUGGUAUCGGAGGCAUGUUUUCCAGCUUCACCAGCAAAGUCAGCUCUGGUGCUAAUGAUAUGUACUCGAGAUUGCCACUCUAUAAUGGAGAUGGCAGUGAGGCACCAGCCCAGGAACCGGAGUGGUUCCAACUCUCCCGGUUCGAAAAGUUGUUGGUCUUUUCCUGUUGUCUCUUGGGGUCUGCUGCUUGUUUCCUCCUCGGGUUUUUCCUCUUCCCAGUCUUGGCCUUAAAGCCGAGAAAGUUUGGAUUAUUGUGGUCAUUGGGAUCGUUGCUCUUUGUCGUGUCCUUUGGGGCUCUACAGGGGCCGGUGAACUACAUCCAGCAUUUGAUUUCCAAGGAUAGGUUACCCUUCACGGUGAUCUUCUUUGGAUCCGUGAUUUCCACCAUUUACUUUGCCGUGGUGGUGAAGUCCUCCAUUUUGACUUUGUUGAGUGGGAUCAUGGAGGUCUUAGCGGUCAUCUACUACACAAUGAGCUAUUUCCCAUUCGGCGCACAGAGUUUCCAGUGGUUCCUCAGCGUGGCCGUCAGUUCCAUAAGAGGGUCUGUUGGAAUUUAA